AUGACCUCUCCAUCUCAGCCGCUAAACAUAAAGUCUAGCAGACGGGUUGCCAACGACAACGAUACACAGCAGAGCUCGUAUACGCCAUCUUUCGGAACGCCGGAUCUUAGAGCACUUCGAGCUCAGUAUGCGGGCACCCCACCACUCCCAAAUAUUCCAUUGCGUGCGACGGGAACACCUACAAACAAAGCUACAGCGACGACAUCAGGAUCGUUAGUACCGACGAACGACUCUUCUCCUCGCAAACCGGGUCCUCAGGCAGUGGGUGGCCUGUCUGCUACCAAGCAAACCGCGACGAACAGCUCCGACGCAGUCAUCCCUGCCACCAUCGCGGAUCUCGAUACACUACCAGCAGAGGAAAAGGCCAAGGUUCUCGAGCGUCAUCUUGUGGUGAAGGAACAGCGCAAUGGGAAUGGCAAUGGGUCCAGGUCUGUCGUCGGCUCUGUUCACGAUACUGCUGUUGCAACCUCGACCGGAACCGAUCUCGACAUUCCGCAUUCUCGGCGGGGAUCGUCUAGUACGACGAAGCAUGUCGAUUUCGAACCGUUUCCGAUUCCAUACGAUGCCCCUGGAGCGGAUGUGACACAUGACAUCUACAAAUGGCACACCGAGCAACGCAGGCAGUCUGCAAGAGUCCGGUCUGCCUCGUUCGCCGGGCCAAGCCAGGCUCCACCCCCGGCCUUUGAGCACAUCCACGAACCGGGAGGUUUCAGACGAAACUACUUGCUAUUACGUGCAAAUGAACAAGGCAGCGAAGAACCACAGAUUCUCAACAACUUUAUCGAUUUUUUGCUGCUCUUUGGCCAUUUCGCUGGUGAAGAUUUGGAAGAAGACGAUGAAGAUAAAGACGACGAGGAGAAUGUCACUCCGCCAGAGUCGGCUGAUGCAAAUGAACGGACUGCCCUACUGGACAGGCCAGAAAACGCGCGACAGCGUUCGAGGAGCAGGCGACGGAGGAACUCGGUUGCUCGACAGGGUAACGCGACUGUUACUCAAGCUGUUUUAAUGUUGUUGAAAUCAUUCGUUGGGACUGGUGUAUUGUUCCUUGGCAGAGCAUUCUAUAACGGAGGACUUUUAUUCUCGAUCGUCACGUUCAUCUUUAUUGCUUUCAUCUCGUUGUAUUCCUUCUUGUUGCUGGUAAAGACCAAGUUUGUCAUAUCUGGGAGUUUUGGAGACAUUGGUGGUGCACUCUACGGCCCAUGGAUGCGCUAUGUUAUCUUGGGGUCGAUUGUCAUAUCCCAAAUCGGAUUCGGAGCAGCAUACACUAUAUUUGUCGCUGAGAACCUUCAGGCAUUCAUGCUUGGAAUAAGCAAUUGUCUCAAACUUGUCCCAGUCCAGCACUUUAUUCUGCUUCAGACUAUCGUGUUUCUGCCUUUGGUUCUGGUGCGCGACCUUGCCAAGCUGAGCUCGACGGCGCUCGUUGCCGAUGCAUUUAUUCUUGCCGGGUUGUUGUACAUCUUUGGCAGCGAGGUCAAGGUAAUUGCGGAGCGCGGAAUUGCGGACGUUAAGAUGUUCAACCCAAAAGAUUUUUCCCUCUUUAUUGGAACCGCUGUGUUUUCAUUCGAAGGAAUUGGGCUUGUCAUCCCUAUCACCGAUGCCAUGCGCGAACCACACAAGUUCCCUAAAGCGUUGAGCGGGGUCAUGGUGUUCCUUCUCUUCCUCUUUGGUGGUGCAGGGACUCUCGCGUACCUCGCCUUCGGUUCAGACAUCCAAACCGUCGUCCUCGUCAACCUCGAUUCUCGCAGCCAAAUGGUGCAAUCAGUCCAAUUCUUCUACGCUCUCGCGAUCCUUCUUUCCGUCCCGCUUCAGCUCUUCCCCGCUAUUCGUAUCCUCGAGAACGGUCUCUUCACGCGUAGCGGCAAGGUGGACACGCGUGUCAAAUGGUACAAGAACAUGUUCCGCUUCGGCAUGGUCUUUUUCUGCUCCAUCAUUAGCUGGAUCGGUGCAGCGGAUUUGGACAAGUUUGUCGCCUUUGUCGGGUGCUUUGCUUGCGUGCCGUUGUGCUAUGUGUACCCUCCGAUGCUGCACUACAAAGCAUGUGCCCACACGCGCAAGGCAAAGAUUGCUGAUAUCGCGUUGAUUAUCUUCGGUGUUGUUGCUGCCGUGUACACCACUGCACAAACUAUUAACUUGAUGUUUGCCCCAAAUCCUACCGCAGGUUCUCCGUAUGGAAACUGCGAGGCGUGA